GUGUGUGUGUGUGUGUGUGUGAGAGAGAGAGAGAGAGAGAGAGAGCAUGUGUGUGUAUUUGUGUUAUAUGAGGUGUUCAGUUGUAUGGAUUCUUUCCUCUGGUUUCUUGACGCUGCUGCACAUUUCCUGUGAAGCUCAGCACAAACUCACACAGAGAGAGUGAUGGCGGGUGUAUCACCUCCAGACCACACAGUGAACCCCAAAGAAGAGAAACAGAUGAUGGAAUUCUUAGCACAACAGUUAUACCUGCUCCAGGAAAAAACUAGGCUCCAGGCGUCGGUGCGAGAAGAGAAAAAGCUGCUGGUGGAAAACUCCAAGCUGAAGAAAGACAUCGAUGAGCUGAAGAGGAAACUGCAGGAGACACAGAAGAGGAAAUCCAUGAAGCUCCAUCAGGAGAGGGUCUUGACUGCAUCAGUAGCUGCAAUGAAGGAGGCCAUCUCAGCGGUUCCUGCUCCUCCUGAACCCACGUCUACGUCUAAACCGCAACGAAGCAACACACACAGUGAGGGGAGACGGAGGAGGGACCGCCGAGGGGUUCGAGAGGAAGUGGGAGGAGCCUCUAAGGGAACUGAGGCAGUGUGUGGAUUGGAGCGUGACCUAAGGCCUGAUAUUUCUCGGUUGGACCUGAGGAUUGGACGUGUCCUGGCAGUUCGGAAACAUACGGAUUCAGACUCGCUGUACAUACAAGAAGUGGAUGUGGGAGACUCUGCCCCCAGAACUGUGGUCAGUGAACUGGCCAAUCACGUGCCUCCAGAACAGUUGCAGGACACUCUGGCGAUUCUCCUCUGUAAUGUUCGGCCGGUGAAGGUGCGCGGUGUUCUGUCUCAGGCUCGAGUGCUCUGUGCUGUCAAUCAACACAAGAUGGAGCCUUUAGCCCCGCCCACCGGAGCUCAGCCCGGAGACAGGGUAACCUUCCAGAACUAUCCAGGUGAGGCGGAGAGAGAGCUGAACCCGAAGCGACAUAUUUGGGAGCGUUUACUCCCUGACCUGUGCAUUGAUGAACGGGGCGUGGCCACUUACCGAGGAGUGGCCUUCGAAGUCAGGGGGAAGGGCCUCUGCCGAGCGCCUACCAUCAACAACGGAGGCAUCAAGUAAAGGGGAAAGAUCAUUGCCAUGGUUACCAGCAAACCGCCUGUACGGUUCAAUAAGGACAUUUAUAAUAAAAGUGUGAUUAAUAACAGUCACAGAACGGCUGAUUUCUACAACUUUUAUAAAGGUAAUAUGUUGUUACCAUGGCUACCAUCAAAAACAGAUAUAAUAUACUACCCAUGAAAACACAAACAUGAGUAAAUACCUUCCGUACAGUUCAGCAAGGAGUAAUAACUGUAAACUCAACCUGGUGUGACCGCUUUUAUUUUUAUAUUUAUUGUUUCUUUUUGAAAAUGUAAAAAGUAUUAAGUAAAGGUCACAGGUUAUCCCCACGGUACCAUCAAAAAUAAUGACCAAAAAAGUAAUAAGUAAAUAAAAGAUAGAAAAGUAAAACACACAGCUGUACAUUUCUUAUUGCAGUUAUAAAACAUUACUGACUUUAUUUAUUUAUUGUAUUUUAUAUAUUUUUGACCAUAUUUACAGUUCCGUGGGAAGAAAUUCCAUACAAUGAAAUACCUUUAAUUAACAAUGACAAGUUGCUAAAUAAAGAAGAAAACAUGCUGCAUGACUUCUCUCAGCUACACGCGCAUGCAGGUUUAUAACAAAAUCAGCUGUUCACCUGCUCCAGGUCCAUUAAUGGCAAAGUUAACUGGUAAGAUAAACUGUAUAUAAAUAUGUAGGGGGUCUAAUACUUUUGCACAGAGCUGUAUUAACACAUGAGCUUGUUAAGGACCGUAAAUGUUCUGUACAAUCCUGUGUUCUACAGCGACCGGGUCAGGGGUUUUAGUGAAAAAACAGUGAGAUCUUAAAUCACUUUUUAUCUGUUCCAGAGGCUCCACAAACACACACACACACACAUACACACACACACACACACACGCUUAGUCUGACUGAGAUCAGUGAAAAGUCACUGAGCUGUUUUAUGAGACGUCAAACAUGACAUGUGGCUGUGUGUGUGUGUGUGUGAGUGUGUGUGUGUGUGUGUGUGUGUGUGUGUGUGUGUGUGUGUGUGUAGGGUCCAGUGUCUGAGAGCACUAGUGUAGAUGUUUAUUCUGUUCUAUUUCAAUCUAAUUUAAUACACAUUUUUUCUUAUCAGCAACAGCUUGAGUGGAAAAUAUUUAGAUGAAUGUCAGUGUUUCUGAACGUUUGAUUUGUUCCUCUUUUAGAAUAUUCCACAAUAUUCUACAUCUAAUCAGUAUUUAUUAGAUUUACUGAAUUCUAUUUAUUAGAUUUAUCAGAUUUACUAAAAUUUAAAUAGUUAAAGUUGAGAAACAGUGCAGAAUCAUGAAUAUUAAAUAUUCAAGAUAUAAACGUUUCCUUUGGGUUUUUUUUUUUUUAAUGUUGUGAAACUUAUUUCCAGUAUUAAAUGGAAAAACUCUCAGGUGUUCAGUGUGCUCUCAGACCCUGGACCUCACCGUAAGUGCUCUCAUGCUGACUGACCUUUAGCUUAUUGUUAUUAGCAACUUUUCAGUAACACACACACACACACACACACACACACAGACAAACACACGCACACUCACACACUCGCACAUACAGGUUGGUUUUUCUGACAUCUUAAUAUUCAGUCGGAAUUUUAAACCAAUUCAAAAUAUCAGUGUACAAUAAUAAACAGUUUAUUGAGUAAAAUGAGCUGAAUACAGGAAUCCCUACACAUUUACCCUCAUUAUAAACUCCAGGGAUAUGAAUAUGGAUGAAUAUGCAAAUUGGAAAUGUUGGACUUGUGGAUUGGAUUGUUUGUGUGUUGAGUCUUUGUGAUAUUUCGUGUUCUUGUUGGUACAAGUGUCUAACAAACUUGUGGCAUUAAAAUGUCUGUCUCUCUGUC